AGGACGUGAGCUAGCUGGAAGCCGGUGAUGUUUGAAAGAUGUUCGGCUCAGUGACGUCAUGUGGUCGAGUUUAACGUCAACACGUGUGUGACUCGUCGCGCUCUCGUGUUGUUUUCGUGUUUUUAUCGCGACGUCGCUUCAACAAGCAGCAGCACAAAGAUGUUUCCUAGAAUGACGGAGGUGAAGUAGGAGGAGGGAUGAGUGACUUCGGACCAGCGGAGCUGCUCGCAGGCCUCUGUCACACGGACGAGGAGAAUCCGUUCCCUCUGUGGCAGAAUGGACACGUCAGCUCCUGCUUCAACCAGCUCGUCCUCGGAGCGCUGCCUCACGCUGUCAUGGCAAUUUUCAGCGCCUGCUACCUCAGCAUGGUCAGAUGCAGCCUCCUGCAGACGUCUCCUCCCUGUGGCUGGACGCUCAGGCUGGUGUCAGCUCUGUUGGCUGCGCUGCUCUUCACUGCAGAUGUCGUCCUGGCGAGCGUCCUGCAGCAGGGGGACAUGUACCUGGACCUUCUGACUGACAGCUGUGCCAUCCUGGCCUGGCUGCUCCACUUCAGCGCCAUUACAGUGCUCCAGAAAACAGUUUUCAGGAGAACCAGAGGACCCCUGCUGCUGCUUCUGCUCGUUCUGCUUUCAAUCCCCAACCUUGUCAUCACCCUGAUCAUUUACUGUGAAAGUGACGGAUAUUUAAACAUCACAGAACCUCUUAAACUGACACGAUUUGUCCUCGCCGUGGCCCGGACACUCCCUCUUCUGGUUUACCUCCUGGCGUUUGCGUUUCCCUGCAUCAGCGAUGCCGGGUACACCUUGUAUAUUAACGCUGUGGACGGAUCCCCGCUCAUCUCAGACAGCACCCAGAUGGACACAGGUGAGAUGGUGGCGGAGGACGGGAGCGGCUGCACCUCUCGACUCUUCUACCUGUGGUUGACUCCGCUCCUCAGACGAGGGCGGCGAGGAGAGCUGGACCGACCGGCCGAUGUUUAUCAUCUUCCUCGGAAACUUCGGACUAGUGUGGUUUGUCGAUACUUCCAUCAGUGCUGGGAAUCCUGCAGACGAGGGCCGGUCGCCAGUAACGACCAGGAUCAGUGGCCCAGGCCGGUGAGCGGGAACCUCCUGAACGGCACCUGGAGUUCACACUACCUGGAGGGACCACUGGAGCUGGAGGGGGACGUUGGCCUGCUGAGGGUCCUGCACAAGGCGUUCGGGUCGAGGUAUUACAUGCUGGGUUUGCUGAAGGUGGUGGUCAACAUGCUGGGCUUCACAGGUCCCCUGCUCCUCAGCAGUCUGGUGAACUUUAUGGAGGAAGACAAUGCCCCGGUGAGCAGAGGAGCCUUGUGCGCUCUCGGGCUUUUUGCCACCACGCUGCUUUCGUCCAUCCUCCGAAACAUCUUCUCCUUUGAGGUAUCCAAGGUGGCGCUGUCGGCACGCGCCGCUCUGGUGUCGGCCAUCUACGGCAAAGCCCUGCGGGUCAGUGGCAGCAGCUUGGCCAGGUUGACUAUGGGAGAGGUGGUGAACUUGAUGAGCACGGACACCGACCGUGUGGUCAACUUCUUCAACAGUUUCCAUGAGCUGUGGAGUCUGCCCUUCAGUUUCAGCAUCGCCCUCUACCUGCUGUAUCUGCAGGUGGGGGUGGCUUUCCUCGGAGGGCUUGGCGUGGCGCUGCUGCUGUUGCCGCUCAAUAAGUUCAUCGCUUCACGAAUCAUCAGCAACAACAAACACAUGCUCAGGUUCAAGGACAGCCGCGUGAAACUCAUGACAGAAAUCCUCUUCGGCAUUCGUGUUAUCAAGUUCUACACCUGGGAGCCUCACUUCAUUCAGAAGGUCGCCGACUGUCGCAAACAAGAGCUGUCCCACCUCAAGGCCAUCAAAUACCUCGACGCCAUGUGCGUGUACACGUGGGCGGCGCUGCCGGUGGUCAUCUCCAUCCUCACCUUUGUGACGUACGUGAUGCUGGGACACCAGCUGACCGCAGCCAAGGUUUUCACCACGCUGGCUCUGGUGGGAAUGUUGAUCAUCCCACUCAACUCCUUCCCCUGGGUCCUCAGCAGCAUCCUGGAGUCCAAAGUUUCUCUGGAACGAAUCCAGCGCUUCUUCAAACUGACCAACCAGGAUCUGCAGGCGUACUAUGCUCUGGUCUCUCCUGAGGACGACCAGACGUCGGUUCUGUUGAGCCAGGGGACAUUUUCCUGGCAGGGGCCUGGUGGUCCAGACCAGAGCAGAGAGGGAGGGAGUGAACCUGCGAAAGGGAGUUUGAUGCUGCACAGCCUCGAUCUACACGUCACUAAGGGCUCUCUGGUUGUUGUGGUUGGUAAAGUCGGCUGUGGGAAGAGUUCCUUAUUGGCUGCGCUCACUGGGGAACUCAACAGGAUGAGUGGUGUGGUUUACGUUGCAGACAGAGAGGCAGGCUUCGGGCUGGCCUCUCAGGAACCGUGGCUCCAGCAUGCAUCAGUACGAGACAACAUCCUGUUUGGCAAAGACUACGAUCCCGCCUUCUACCAGGCCGUGCUCGAGGCCUGUGCUCUCGCAGAUGACCUCAACGUUUUGCCAAAUGGUGACAAGACAGAAGUGGGGGAGAACGGCGUGACUCUGAGCGGAGGACAGAAGGCUCGGCUGGCGCUCGCCAGAGCCGUGUACAUGGACAAAGACGUCUACCUCCUGGAUGAUCCGCUGGCGGCUGUUGACACGGACGUGGCUGAACACCUCAUGCAGAAAUGCAUCAUGGAGCUCCUCAGGGGAAAGACCAGAAUCCUUUGCACACACCGUAUAGAGUUUGUGGACAAAGCUGACACGGUGGUCCUCAUGGAGAAUGGAACAAUAAUCAGAACAGGUUCUCCAGCAGAAAUCCUCCCUCUGGUCGAGGCUGUGCCGAAGAAACGGAAGAACGACCAGAAUGUGAGAGAGAAAGAUGCUGAGGAAGAGCCGGGAUCGCCGCCUGAUCUGUUGGUGGAUGAUGAUCCCGACCAGUCGGGGGCGGAGCAGAAGCAGACGGGCGGACUAGCGUGGAGAGUUUACCAGACCUACUGGUCGGCUGUGGGCGGAGUGCUGGCCUCCUCCAUCCUGAUGUCUCUGCUCCUCAUGCAAGCCUCUAAGAACGUUUCUGAUUGGUGGCUCUCUCACUGGAUCUCCGAGCUGAGAAACAACGGUUCCACGAGGCCGAACGGUUCAAUUCCAGAUUCCUUCAUCUCCUCUCAGCUGCUGCUCUUCUCACCUGGACGACUUAUGUCUCCGCUGUCCUCUGUGCAAACGUUCUCGUCCAGCAACCUGACCUCUGACGUCAGGUUUUACCUGACCGUGUACGCCUCCAUCGCCGCGGCCAACACCGUCUUCACUGCCCUCCGAUCCGUCCUCUUUGCCUACGGAGGCAUCUGUGCCGCCACAGCCGUCCACAACAGGCUCCUGGAUCGAGUCCUGAAGGCCACGGUGACUUUCUUCGACACCACCCCUCUGGGACGCGUGCUCAACCGUUUUUCAUCAGACCUGUACAGUGUGGACGACAGCCUGCCCUUCAUCCUGAACAUCCUCCUCGCCAACAUCUUCGGCCUGCUGGGGAUGUUGGUGGUGAUAAGCUACGGCCUCCCCUGGGUGCUCGUGGCGACGCUGCCCCUGGCUCUGCUUUACCACCGCACGCAGCACUUCUACCGACACACCUCCCGGGAGCUGAAGCGCCUGUACAGCCUCACCCUGUCCCCCGUCUACUCGCACUUCUCUGAGACGCUGACUGGGCUGGGGACCAUCCGGGCCAGCGGGAGCUCCUCCAGGUUCGAGGAGGAAAGUGCUAAACGUCUGGAGCAGAACCAACGCUGCCUCUUCCUCAGCAACGCCGCCAUGCAGUGGCUGGACAUCCGCCUGCAGCUGAUUGGAGUAGCUGUGGUGACGGGCCUCGGGGUGAUCGCCGUCGUCCAGCAUCAGUUUCACUCUGUUGAUCCAGGUCUGGUGGGGCUGUCCCUGUCCUACGCUCUGUCCAUCACGUCCCUGCUGUCCGGCCUCAUAUUCAGCUUCACUCAGACUGAGAUGCAGCUGGUGAGCGUGGAGCGAACAGAGGAAUACUCCACCGGCCUCCCCACCGAGCCACAGCAGCAGAGCGCACAGCUUCCCCCUGCGUGGCCCGAGCAGGGCUGGCUGGAGUAUCGCGGUGCGGUUUUGGCGUACAGGGACGGCCUCCCUAACGCCCUGGACGAGGUGAGCCUGGUGGUGCGACCUGGGGAGAAGGUCGGCGUCGUGGGACGCACAGGCUCCGGCAAGUCCACGCUGUUCCUGGCCCUAUUCCGUAUGGUGGAGCUCAACCGGGGUCAGAUUCUCCUGGACGGGCUGGAUAUCAGCACGGUGGGCCUGGGUCAGCUCAGGUCCAGGUUGGCCAUUAUUCCUCAGGACCCCUUCCUGUUCAGCGGGACCAUCAGGGAGAAUCUGGACCCGUGUGGGCGACACUCAGACCAGCAGCUGCUGGACGUCCUGGACCAGUGUCACCUCAGCUCUGUGCUGGACCGGAUGGGCGGUCUGGACGCUGAGGUCGGAGAAAGAGGAAAAAGCUUUUCUGUGGGACAGCGGCAGCUUCUGUGUCUGUGCAGAGCUCUGCUGACUCAGGCCAAGGUGCUGUGUAUUGAUGAAGCCACAGCCAGCGUGGAUCAGAGGACGGACAAACUGCUGCAGCAAACCAUCCGAGACAAGUUCCAGGACAAAACGGUCCUCACCAUCGCCCACAGGAUCAACACUAUCAUGGACUGCGACCGGGUGCUGGUGAUGCAUGCUGGGAAGGUGGUAGAGUUCGACACGCCGACCGCUCUCUGCCAGAGCGACGACUCCAUCUUUCAGCGGCUGGUUGCUGGGAGAUGAGACCGAGACGACUCAAAGACAGAGGACGUGUCUCUGGAAUCUGAAGAUGUAUUUUUAUACUUUACUGCUGAGAACUUCUGUCCUCACGUCUGAGGACAACGUUUCUGUCACAGACUUGAAAUACUUUUAUAUUUUUUCAUCGUGGAACGGACUAUUUGUUUUUACAGACAUUUAGGGCUUAUUUAAUUUAAAUUAAUUUAGUUCUCUGGAGGAACUCUCUGAUGAAACAAGGACGACCGAUAUGGAUUUUUAGGGGCUGAUACCGAUAUUAGGGAUCGUACA